GUGUGUGGGAGAUUGUGUCGGGGGAGGGACAGACAUGCUUUUGUUGUUAGAGAAAGUGUUGGGAUGAGGUUGUGUUUUUUGGAUUACUCUUCCAACGAACUGCAGACUUUCUAGGAAAGUCUGAAAUGGAGGGUACAAAUGUCCUCAAGAUUUUGACCAAUAUGACUGACAUAAUAAGAUCUGCUCCCCAGGGCUGCAAUAAUGGGGCGCUCAUGGAUCACUUUGGUGUCCUUAUCCAAGGAGUGCUGGCAGUGGUGGCAUUCAGCACAUUAAUGUUAAAGCGUUGUAGGGAACCAAAAGAACAAAGACGUCCAUGGAAAAUUUGGUUUUAUGAUACUUCCAAACAAGCUAUCGGUGCUCUGUUCAUUCAUUUUACAAACGUCUUUCUCUCAGACUUGACUGAAAAGGACCCCUGCUCAUUAUACCUUAUGAAUUUUCUACUUGAUGCUACACUUGGCAUGUUGGUCAUCUGGAUUUGUGUGAAAAUUGUGUCUGUGAUCGUAGAAAGGCGACAGUCCACACUCCUAGUGUUUGGGGAAUAUGGGGAUCCUCCACAAGCUGCGGCCUGGCUGGGGCAAUGUGUACUCUAUCUAGUAAUAAUGGUCGUGGAGAAAACCGUAAUAACUCUUGUUCUGCUCUUCCCAGGAUGGACAAAGCUUCAGGCGAUUUUAUUGAACUACAUUCCAAACCCACAGCUGGAGCUUGUCCUUGUAAUGCUGGUGGUACCAUUUAUAGUCAAUGCUAUAAUGUUCUGGGUGGUUGACAGUUUAAUAAUGAGGAAGUACAAGAAAAUGAAAAGGGACAAAAGUUUAGAAACCACUUCAAGCUCAAACAGUCCUACGUAUGAUGAUGAAUCACAGGUAUUGCUUGGUUCUGCAUCUGACCAUUACCGCUCUUAUGAGUAAACCGUAUAUGAAUACUGAGAAUUUCUGAUGUAAAUGUCAAGCUUCAUAAAAGAGACUGCAGUUGAAUUUGUUUGAUUGACUCUCUUAUGGAACUUCAAUCAGCACACGACAUUACUUUGUGUUAUCUUUUCUUGGUGGCUUCGGAUAUAAGGGGAUAUAUGUUUGUCACAAAGCUAUGUAAGUUACACGUAUGCACAUUAAACUCAAAGCAAACUA